GCGCCAGCAGUCCUCCGCUGUCUGGUGACGCUCUUCCUUCCUUUCCCACCCAGAGAAAGCUGAGCUUCACCAAAAGUUACACUCUCUGCUUAGAGUGACAGUAGAGUGAACUCCUAAAACCAGCUGGUUACCGACGAGAUUUUACAAACUGAACGGGAGAAUUGGAGGCUUCGACGAGUUAUGCGUAAAAAAGCGCACCGUCGUGACGCAGCGUCACCGUUUUGGAUGCAGAGCUCACCCUGAAAAGAAUCACACGCCGGCAGUUGAUUUCCAGCUUUCCCCAAUGAGGAUUACAAAUACCAAGAUGAUUCUGUGGGUGUUUGCGUUGUGCUUCUCUACUUUAUCAGAUGCUGUGAUUGACCUGACCAUGUUCUCUGCAGCCAUGAUCAGAACACCCGAGAACUUCUCCAUCUCUUGUAUCAAUGGAGAGCGCAACUCUGCCCAGGCUAAGUUGGACAUUAAGAAGGACAACAAAAUCCUCAUGUUCUCCAGUGUCCCACAAUAUAAAAUGCACAAGUCCGGAAAUAAAAUGGUUGUGGCCAGAGACUUUAGUCGCCUAGAAAACAUUGGCAUCUUCUACUGUGAAUCUUCUCAGGACUUUCCCCCAGUUGAAAUAAUCACAAUGAUUAACAACCUUGACAACGAUUUCGUUCCAAAUUCCCUCACACUACUUGCUAAUGUAGGUGAGACAGUUCACCUCACUAUGCACUUGCUCAACCCCCAAAGGAGAGAUGUGACCUGGAAGUACAACGGAAACUACUAUUAUAUGACACACUGGAUUGACAUGUUCAAUGAAACUGUUGAGCUAACGGUGGAGAAUGUAAAGCUUGACAAUCAAGGUAUCUACAGUGCCAGCUACGUUGGAGACACCCCUCUUAACGGUGCCUGGAUGAGGCUCAUUGUCAGAGGGUGCCCCAGUCAGAAGUGGGGUCCUAACUGUAUCAGAGAUUGUCAAGAGUGUCUUAAUGGUGGCGUGUGUCAUGAAGUGAACGGAGACUGUAUCUGCCCUCCAGGAUUUAUGGGAACACACUGUGAGACAGCCUGCAGAGAAGGAAUGUUUGGUCAAAACUGCCAGGAGACAUGUGGUUCCAAGUUGAACUGCAAGGGGCUUCGAUUCUGCCUACCAGACCCCUAUGGUUGUUCCUGCGCCAGCGGCUGGUUUGGGAGCCACUGUGAGAAUGCCUGCCAUAAUGGCAUGUAUGGGCCAGACUGCAAGUUUAGCUGCAAAUGCCAGAACGGAGGCGUCUGCAGCCGUUUCAGUGGAUGCCAGUGUCCCAGAGGGUGGAGAGGACAGCACUGUGAUAGGUCUGACUGGGCUCCUCAGAUUUUGGACUUGGAUAGGCAUUUGGAGUUGAAUCUCAACUCCAAAGCCAUGAUCCUUUGCUCAGCCACAGGGAACCCCCUGCCCAGUCACAACAGCAUUGAGUUGCGAAAGUUGGACAGCACAGUACUUAAGGCCUCUCGUACUGUCAUGGACUCAAACAGGAGCACUGCUGAAUUUGAUAUCCCUAACCUGAGCGCUGAACAAGAAGGCUUGUGGGAGUGCAGGGUGUCCACCGAUGGAGGCCAGGACUCGCGUGAAUUCACCCUCACUGUUAAAGUGCCCCCGAUGCCCAUUACUGCUCCCAAAUUGCUGGAAAAGAGAAGCAAGCAGCUGCUGGUGAUGCCAGUGUACACCUCUGUGGGAGAUGGCCCCAUCAUCUCAAUCAGAGUCCUCUAUAAGCCUGUGGAGAAUAAAAAUGAAGACUUGUGGUCCUCCAUCAUAGUUUAUAGUGACAAAGAGCCUAUCACGCUUAUGAACCUGGAGCCCUCAACACGCUACUACGUCCGUGUCCAGCUGAGUCGUCCUGGGGAAGGAGGAGAGGGGGACCCGGGGCCGCAAGCCAUAAUGGAGACCGACUGUCCUGAGCCCACAAUUCAACCUGAGAUUGACAGCAGCUCGGUGGAAGGCCGCAAUGUUACUGUACGCUGGCGAUUACCCGGCAGCAAAGCCAUUAAUGCUGGCAGAGCCACUGGCUUUUUAGUGCAGCUCUUCGGGCCGCCACGCUACAGUGAGAAACUCCAGGAGGUUGACACCCUGCUCAAUGUGCUCUCCACCAAGUUCCACAACCUGGAGUAUCAACAAGACUACACUGUGGUGGUGCGCCUCAUCAACUGUGGCAGCCAGGGCCCGCCCUCCAAACGCUACCAUUUCCACAUCAACAGCCAGGGUCCAUCAUCCCCACUCAACGUCAAGGCCGUGCCUCUGUCCAUGUCAGCCAUUCAGGUGAAGUGGCAGCCCCCUGACGACCCAAAUGGAGGUAUCAUUAAAUAUAUCAUAGAGUACCAGCCAGUCGGCCAGGUGAGCCCCCACCCUUGGGUGGACACAGACGAUGGGAACAAGACCACCAAAGAUGUGACGGCACUCAAUGGCAGCACAAUCUACCAAUUCAGAGUGAGGGCUUUCUCUAAAGUGCCAGGAGAGUGGAGCAACUAUGUUCAGGCAAAGACACAGGGGGAUGAAAAAGCUUCUCCAACCUUUACCCCUACCACCCUGGAUGUGAUUGGCCAGCCCACUGACAGUUAUCAGCUGUUAAUUGCAGUGGUGGGUUCAGUGACUGUCACCUGUGUGACUAUACUGUUGGCACUGUUGGCUCUUUUCUUCAUCAGGAAGACGCUGCUGAACCGUCGCCGCACGUUUACCUACCAAUCUGGAUCGGGGGAGGAAACUAUUCUGCAGUUUAACUCAGGAACUCUGACCCUGACACGAAGGCCAAAGCCCACGCCAGAGCCCCUCACCUAUCCAAUCCUUGAGUGGGAGAACAUAAAGUUUGAAGAUGUCAUUGGAGAGGGAAACUUUGGCCAGGUUAUCAAAGCCAUGAUCAAGAAGGACGGCAACAAAAUGAGCGCAGCCAUCAAGAUGCUGAAAGAGUUUGCCUCAGAAAAUGACCACAGAGACUUUGCAGGAGAGCUGGAGGUCCUGUGUAAACUAGGCCAGCAUCCCAAUAUCAUCAACUUAAUAGGAGCCUGUGAAAAUAGAGGUUAUCUGUACAUAGCCAUAGAAUACGCCCCCUAUGGUAACCUCCUUGACUUCCUGAGGAAGAGUCGGGUGUUGGAGACGGACCCUGCCUUUGCCAAAGAGCACGGUACUGCUUCCACCCUCACCUCCCAGCAGCUGCUGCAGUUUGCUGUGGAUGUUGCGAAUGGGAUGCAUUACCUCAGUGACAAACAGUUCAUCCACAGGGAUUUGGCAGCGAGGAAUGUUCUUGUUGGGGACAAUCUUGUGGCUAAGAUAGCAGAUUUCGGUCUGUCCCGUGGUGAGGAAGUCUAUGUUAAGAAGACAAUGGGGAGACUGCCGGUACGCUGGAUGGCCAUUGAGUCCCUGAACUACAGUGUUUAUACAACAAAGAGUGAUGUAUGGUCUUUUGGAGUUCUUCUCUGGGAAAUUGUAAGCUUAGGUGGCACACCGUACUGUGGGAUGACAUGUGCUGAGCUUUAUGAAAAACUGCCACAAGGCUACAGAAUGGAGAAGCCCAAAAACUGUGAUGAUGAGGUUUAUGAGCUAAUGAGGCAGUGCUGGAGAGAUCGGCCCUAUGAGAGACCCCCCUUCUCCCAAAUCUCUUUGCAGCUCAACAGGAUGCAGGAGGCCAGGAAGGCUUAUGUGAACAUGGCUCUCUUUGAGAACUUCACCUAUGCUGGGAUUGAUGCCACAGCCGAGGAGGCCUGACUACCAGCCCCCCCAGACCCUCGCAGGCCACAAAGCUCCAAGAGAAAAUCACAAGGGAGGCUGCCACGUUACUGCCACCCCCCACCAACUAGGCGUCAAGACAGGAGGACUAGGCGCUCUACUUCAACCACCCAGCUAUAGAUGGAGGACUGUGAAAGGACACUGUCUGGAAGUACUACAGGUGUAAGGAGAAGAGGCGUACUGCUGGGUCCUUGAUGGAUAGAUGUGUCUGCUACUAACCUUGUGGGAACUAUGAACCCCUGUCACAAAAAAAGGAAAGAAGACAAAAAGUCUUAGAGAAACAUAUACAGCAUUCCAUCUUUUCCUUUUCCAGCAGUUAUAAUGAUGGAAGUUUUUCUCUGAGCACUGAUAUGGAGCUAUGUGACUUGCUGAAACACCACAGGGUCUGUGGGGUGUCCGUGCUGGACUUUUCCCCUCCAUUUCUCAAAAUGGAGAACAUCUUUUCACGGAGAGAAAAUAAAAUAAAAAGACAGUGCUGUCAAAUAAGACACGACAAGUUCUCAACGCCGCUCAAGUGUCAAGACAAUUAAUUGUGAUGGAAAGAUGUCCAAUGUAGCACUUAAAAGUAGCUUUACGCUGUCAUCUUUGUGCUUUUACUAUUUGCCUAUCACUGCCAUAUGGAUGUAACUGUAUAUACUUGCCUCAUUUUUAAUAGAUCAAACUCUCCUAUUAUAGGAAUAUAAUCAGAGUUAUAGACUGAUUUAAAAACCAUGAUGGAUUUCAUGUGUUGCAUGCAAAUUUCUAUCGCAAGAGAAAUUAUUUGGAAGCCUACAAGUAAUACAGAGAAGUAACCUUUGUAGUUUUUUUUAACAUUAUAAAAAUGUAACACUGACGAUAAUCCACUCUGUGAGUAUGUACAGUAUCUGUUCAUUAACUGGUUUCCUUAAUAAAGGUUUUAUGUGGUGACUGGAUUCAUCGCCACAAGUAGUUUAA